AUGGCUUGUACCGUUUCUGGAUGCAUAGAAGCUAAAUCAGAUGAAAUAAUCUUAGAGGGAAAAAAGUUCUUGAAAGAUAGAUUGAAUAGCUUCCUAUUAAAAAGAUGUGUAUGGACCAAAGAUGGUCUCGUGAUCGAGUGGUUAGCGUGUCCGUCUACCACUCCCACGACCCGGGUUCAAAUUCUGCAGUUUCUGCAGGUUCAUCCGGGUAGCCGACCCCCGGUCAACCCAGCCGUCCAUCCUUCCGAGGUUGGUAAAUGGGUAGACGACGUAAGUUGUCGCAUGUUGGCCGGCGAGAUGGCUCAGUGGUUCAAAUGCUCACUGAGUCAAACAUCUCAAUGGCUAUCACAUCAUACUCAGCGUAUAUGA